GUGUGGGUCUCCUUCUUCUUCGCCAGCUGCAAGUACAAGGAGGCCAAGCAGUGCGAGGAGGAGAUCGCCCGCCUCAGCCGCGAGAUGGCCUCGCUGUCCGAAGAGCUCAAGGUGCGCGUCUCGCGGUUCGACCCGUUUUGCAUCACCGUCGGCACGCCCGAGCUCGUGGCAAGCACGAGCUCGUGGCAAGCACGAGCUCGUGGCAAGCACGAGCUCGUGGCAAGCACGAGCUCGUGGCAAGCCCGAGCUCGUGGCAAGCACGAGCUCGUGGCAAGCACGAGCUCGUGGCAAGCACGAGCUCGUGGCAAGCACGAGCUCGUGGCAAGCACGAGCUCGUGGCAAGCACGAGCUCGUGGCAAGCACGAGCUCGUGGUGAGCCUGAUCGACACUCCGGGCUACGGCGAGAACCUGAACACGGUCGACUCGUUUGACGUGUUUAUGUGCCACGUGGAGGGGCUCGCUGUGAUCACGUCGCACGUGGAGGGGCUCGCUGUGAUCCACGUGAUCACGUCGCACGUGGAGGGGCUCUUCGAGGCGCAGCUGGACCCUCUGGUGCACGUCUGCCUCUACUUCAUCGCGCCGCACCGGCUCAAGCACAUCGACGUCGAGUUCAUGCGCCGGCUGCACAAGAAGGUCAACAUCGUGCCGAUCAUCGCAAAGAGCGACACGAUGACCACCAAGGAGAAGGAGGAGUUCAAGCUCCAGGUCCGCGAGACGCUCGCGCGCGAGGGCAUCGAGCCGUACGCCUUCGACCCGAUCUCGCUCCGUGCGAUGGAGGCGCAAGACCGGCAGGAGUACAAGCCGCCGUGGGCCGUCAUCGGCUCGACCGACGCGCACCUGGACGCGGGCGUGUCGGUGUACCUGCGAAAGUACCCGUGGGGGAACGCGCUCUCGUCCGAGCCGUCGCACUCGGACCUGCCCGCGCUGCGGAACCUCGUCAUGUGGUCGGGACAGUGGCAGGAGCUCAAGCACGCCUCGCGCAUGAAGUACGAGAACUGGCGCGUCUCCCGCUCCCUCGCCACCCGCUCCUCCUUCGCCGCCACCGCCGCCGCCGCGACCGUCGCCGCCACCGCCCGCCGCGGCGUCGCCGCCGCCCAGCGCGCCGCAGCCGCGGGCUGCUCCGCCGUCGGCGUCGCCCCUCGCACCGCGCUGCGCCUGCUGGCGCUGCUGGCGCUGCUGCUGACUCCGCUGGUCGGUCCGGCGGCCCACGCGUGGUGCUUUUCCUCUGACCCCUCGGCGGCGCGCGAGGCCAAGCUGAUGCGCGGCCUCGUCGACCGGCUGGCGGCGGAGAAGGGGCAGGCCCUGCACGCGUACGAGCGGCGCGUCGCCUCCCUUUCGGGCGAGCUGCAGGCGGCGCGAGCAUUGGGCGAGGAGUACGCCGGCCGAGAGAGCGCCAUUGCCAAGGAGCGCGACGCGCUGCUCCGGCAGCUGCGCGCCUCCAAGGACCGGCAGAGCGACCUCGAGGCCGAGGUUGGCCGCGUGGACGCCGAGCGCGCGCUGGCCGAGGAGCGCGCGCACGCGGCCACGGCUGCGGCCGGCGGGCGCUGCUGGAGCGACUCCGCGUCGGAGCACGUUUUGACGGGUGUUCGCUCGAUCCUCGGCUCGACGGACCGCGCGCUACACAAGGCCGGCCGCGCCACCGCCGCCGCGUCCGUCUCGCUGCGUGACGCGGCGACCGACGCGGCGCGGGAGGUUGCAAAGGAGCUGCCGCUCGCGGGCCGGCGCGCGGCGAUCGCCGCCGGGCGGGUGCUCGAGGAGUUCAAGGCGACGUCGCUGCUGCAGCCGGUCGGCUGAGAGGGCGGCGUGGGGCCGCCCCCUCCGCGCGACGGCGGCGGCGCAUUCCGCUCCCCACGCCGACGGUGCAUGUGACGGUGCGUGUGAGCAGGCGCCCCAGCCUCCCGCUGUUCACAGCUGCAGCUGUGAACAGCGUCUCUUCACACCUGCAGCUGUGAGAGGCGCGCCAGCCUCCCGCUCUCUCGCCGUGCGGUUGGGCGCUCACCGCGUCGCACCUCACCCCCCCCUUUUCCCCCUUCACCCUUCACCCUUCCCCCUUCUGGAGGGGAGGGGGGGGGCGUCUUGAGGCCUUGACACGGACACUUGCGGAUAGAAGGCCUUGGGCGGCGGCUGUCGCCUGCUCGGGCGCCUGUCGCGCCAGCAUGUGCGCGUGGGCCGCGCGUUGUGAUUUGGGUGGGUUCGGCAGUGGCUCGCACCUGUUUUGGUCCUCUCGCGCACGGACACUUUGGCACUCCCCGCCACACACACACUCCCUUGUGCUCUCUUCUUCUCGUUUUGUGCGCGCGACGUGGUUUAUGGGUGUUUAUGAGGGAUGUACAAUUCA